AGUCCACAUAAGAGCAGCAGGCUCAUUGGAGUUCUCAUUGCACCAAGCCGAUUAUGAAAAGCUUGUUGGAUGAGAUCUGUUGUUGUCUGUAUCAGAAGGUGUGGGGAGCCCAGCGGACAGAGUGUGCCAGCUCUAGCAGUAAGAGAGCAGCUCUGAGCCCCUCUCAGCCUGCCUGGGGGGUCGCUGAGCAGAAGGGCUCAAUGGCAGCAGCGGCGACCGCCUCACCUUUCCUCAAACACUUCGCUUUGAGAUACUCCCCGGCGGGGGUGAGCCCAGCUAAUCGCAGGCGCCACACUCUCCCUGCCAGCGAGUUCCGGAACCUGAGCCUGACAGAUGCACUCAGCGUGUUCGAAAUCGAGAGGGAAGCUUUCAUUUCAGUCUCCGGAGAAUGUCCUUUACACGUGGAUGAAGUCAGACACUUUCUCGAGCUUUGCCCCGAGUUAUCCCUUGGCUGGUUUGAAGAAGGGAGGCUGGUAGCCUUUGUAAUCGGCUCUGGAUGGGACAAGGACAAGCUCUCACAGGAUGCUAUGACCAUUCAUGUCCCUGGGGGCUCCACUGUGCACAUUCACGUUCUGGCUGUCCACCACAAGUGCCGUCAGCAAGGGAAAGGUUCCAUUAUCUUGUGGCGAUACUUACAAUACCUGCGAUGUCUCCCCACAGUCAAGCGGGCUGUUCUCAUGUGCGAAGAUUUCUUGAUCCCAUUCUACCAGAAAGCUGGCUUCAGAGAGAUUGGACCUUCUGAUAUUGCAGUGGGUCCCCUCACAUUUACUGAAAUGGAAUAUCCUCUUGGAGGAGGAGCUUACCUGCGGAGAAAUAGUGGCUGCUAAACUAUGAUGUUGAACCUAGUGAUGUGAAUUUCAUUGGCCUCCAAGCAAUCUUUAAUGGACGGAUGUCCAUAUUAAUCGGCGAUGUUGCAACAGCAUUCCAUUUGCUUUAAAUAGAUUAACGGUGUUGUUCAAAUGUUAACAUGAAGUUAAUGAUGACAAUGAAAAAAAUUGCAUUCUUAGAAAUCCAAGGCAGACUUCUCAAUUUUAGUAGGUACAUAAAACAUGUGAUGAGAUUGGAUGAGUUGUAGAACAGGCAAACAAUUUCUCACAUAUAAACCUUAUGGCUCGAUAAAGAUGGACCUGUCCCACAGGUUUUGUUCAACUUUAGUGGAGAAGUUCAUUUUAAAAUAUCACUUCAAGAAAUAUUGUUUUGCUCAUAGUACAUUGAAGUGAAUAACGUCUGGAUUAAUUACACAACAUUUGUCUUUAAUAUAGUUGAAAAAUCUAAUGAUUUCAGCAAUUGUGUGGUUAACAUGAUACUUCCUGUUAAAUCGGGUUCCACUAUUUACUAAAAUGAUAUAUUCCAACAGUUCAGUAACUCCUCCUUAUUCGCCUGUUUUGUUUCCCCCACAUCUUGAUUCCUAGUAAUACUUGCUGGAAAACCUAAUGAUAAAAAUAUUGCCAAAGGCAUAUGGUCAAUUUUAAUUUACCCAUCAAGGAAACCUGUGGGAUCAGAUCAGAUAAUAAAAUGUGAGGCUGGAUGAACACAGCAGGCCAAGCAGCAUCUCAG